AUGCCAUUAGCACUUAACUUAAAUAAAGUUACUAAGAAAUUAUCCAAAUCAACCGGAUCAGUUCAUAUAAAGGGUAGGAAAUUUAAACAAAUAAAUCGAGCUACAUUAAGAGAUAAGAAACUUACAAUUAAGAAACAAAAACAAUUAGAACAAAAAGAGAAUGAAUUAUCAAUAGUAUAUUUCUUACAAAGGAUUGUAAAUGAUGAUGAUGAUUUUAAAGUACAAGAAACUUUUAGUUUAGAAGAAAUUAAACAAUUUAUUGAAUUAUUUUUAACAAGAUUUGAUGAUGAAUUAGAAGAAUUACGAGCUAAUAGAAGACCAGGUAGACCAGCUACUAAUAGACAACAAAUAUUAGAAGAAAAAGUUAAACAUGAUCAACAAAUUUAUGCAACUGGGAUUAAAGUACCUGAUUUAUCUGAUAUAGAAACAGUUAAAAGAUUGAAAUUAUGGAAUGGUACAACUGGUGGUGCUACUGUUAUGAAAUUUAUUCAUAUUUCAGAAGAUAUGACUGAAUUUCCAACCAAAGAAGUUGAAAUGAAGUAG